AAAACCGUCUAAGCCUAACUUUUUUGUUGUUAUUGCGUUGUCUAAGCCUAACUGUGUUAUUCCGGCGGAAAGACUUGGACUUGAGCAUCCAGGUCACGUGCUUCUUUACCAAAUAAACAAAAUACAACGAUAGCAAGCAAUCGUGCAUGAAAAAGAACUAAACAAGUCGUUAUAUGUCAGCCAGGGCCUGAAAAUAUCCUCGGAGCUUUCACAGAACCUGCUAGUUAUGCCAUACAAGGCAUGGCAGAGAGACAGGACAAUGAGGUGGAGGAGGCAGACCAGGUGUACCUGCUGAUGAAGGAGGAGUACCGUAUCUCACGGAAUGUACGUCUGGCCUGGUUCCUGGGCAAGCUCAACCAGGUCAUCUGGCCAGCCCAAAAGUCUGAACUGCUGAACUCUGAGAAUGAGCUGGACCUGCUCAGCAUCUUGCCGAAGGGAUGGCAGCCAGACUUUUCCCCCGCCAACAUACCCUACCUGCUGGUACCUGCCACUCGGGUCACCUUCCUGGCCCGCAGGUACCGCUUCAUCAUCGAGCUGGACCUCAGCCCCUCCACUGGGAUCGUGGAUGACAGCACGGGGGAGAUGAUAUUUGAUGAGGUAUUCCAUGCCUUGUCACGAUGCUUAGCUGGACUGGUCCGACCCUUCAAUGUUCCAGGCACAGAUCUUGUUUUCCAGCCGGAAAUCUUUGUCACUAUCCUGGCUUAUUCCUCCAUUAUUGGGCUCAGUACACACCAGGUGUUGGUGCAGGGUUGUCAGCUGAAUCGUACAGACCUGGUUCAGUUCCUACACCAGGUCUAUCAGCAGCUGCGAUCAGUGGAGAACAACAUUGCAGAGGUCCUACAACAGCAGCACAGCCAUCUUCAACAGCAGCACGACCAGUCUGAUGGGCCAAUCCCGUGCCCCGGGCUUGGUAGUGACAUCACCAUGGAGGAGGUGCCUGUGAGGAAACAUGGUGUUUCCAUGGUGACUGCAGACGUCGGGCUGGUCAGCAUGGUGCGACAGGGCAUCCUAGCUCUACAGCUGCUGCCCCCCAACUCCUCCGCAGGUAUAAUCAUCAUCACAGACGGGGUGACCAGUGUGCCUGAUGUGGCUGUGUGUGAGACCCUUCUGAACCAGCUCAGGAGUGGAACCAUUGCCUGCUCCUUCGUCCAGGUGGGUGGUGCCUACUCCUACAAUUGUAGUUUUGGGUACAUCCCUAAUGUUGAGUUGAUGAAGUUUAUCUCCCUGGCGACCUUUGGCUCCUACCUGUCCAGCUGCCCUGAGCCUGAUCUGGCCAGUCAGGAUAUGAACACCUACCACAAGGCCUUCCUCACAUACUCCUUCCUCAAGACCAGCGAAUCCAUGAACCCUGAGUACUACUGUGUGUCUCAGCACAAGCUGUUCAACGAGCACCUGGUGUCAGCCAGUGGGAACCCUGCGCUAGUGAUGAGGAGGAAGAAGCACACAGAGAAGGAAGUGCACGCCCACCUGGUCAGUGUGGUGUCGGUCAGACUGAGAGAGGGAUACACCAUCAGGGAGAUCAACCUCACUAAAGGUGGCACCCAGCUGGAGGUGAAGCUGGUGUUGCUGUGGAAACACAACAUGCGUAUAGAGUACCUGGCAGUGGCCCAGUGGCCCCUGGAUCCUGACAAGAGGACCACCUGGGUAGAGGUCACCAUGGAGGGAAGCUACGACAUCCUCCAUGAUAUCAGCUGUACCAUGAGGAAACCCAUCACCUCAACCUACCGCACCUCCGUCAUCAGGCGAUUCUGGAACACACUGCAGAGUAUAAACCAGACAGAUCAGAUGCUGGUCCACCUGCAGUCCUUUAACUCUCUCCCAGAGAACUACACAAUCCCUGAGAGCACCAAGAACGGAGUUCCUCUCUUCUACAUCCCACCUGGAUCCACCACGCCUGUUCUCUCCCUCCAGCACAGCGGCUCUAAGGACUCCUCCCAGUCCCAGUUUGCCUUCUACUGGAAGCCGGUCCUGUCCAUGGACGCCAACUUCUGGCAGAGAUGGCUUCACAUGCACCGCAUUGCUAUCAUCCUGGAGCACGACAUGCCUGUGCCCAAGCAUCUCCACACUGCUGGUAGUAACGGGCGUUUCAGCACCAUCCAGUGUCGUAUCUCCCACUCAGCCCUCACCUCUUUACUGAGGGACUGGAGCAGCUUUGUACUGGUGGAGGGAUACUCCUAUGUCAAGCUCAUAUACAGUGCCUCUGACCAGCCCCCCAACUCCUUCUACCUGGUGCGUCUGAUCUCCAAGGCUCCCUGCAUGGUGCUGAGGCUGGGCUUCCCUAUUGGCACCUUGGCCCAGACCAGGAACAAGAUAGUGGAUGAACUGCGGGAGCAGAUCCUGAGGCUUCGCUUCCCUCACCGCGUCCAGAACAAAGAGGCUACGCCCAAGACCAAGAGGAAGAUUCUGGGGCACGCAUCCCCCUCCAAGUCUCCUCCUCUCCCUGCUCCCAAACCUGCGCUCUCUGACCGGCCAUGUGUGGUGGUCCUCAACAAACCUCUGGAGAAGCUACUCAUCAGGUAUGAGAAGCUCCCGUCAGACUUCCGGACCCCGUUUAUUCUGAACAUGGAGAACUUCACCCAGCCCACCAACAUGACCGUGCCCCUUAGCAUGGCAGCCAAUCGGACGGCCUCGUCCACGCUGGCGUCUCUGUCACGCUACUUCCUCCACCAGCGCUGGGUGUGGACGGUGCAGAGCGGCCUGGGUGCUACCGUACCGCUGCAGGCUGUGGUUCAUAUACUGUCCAUGCUGUCUGAGAUUCGCCUCUCUGAGGGCUUUCAUUUUGCUGCCAGUGGAGAGGGCAUAGUCAACAUGGUGACUGAACUGCCAAUGAAGGGGAUGCCAGAGGCAGUGGACAGAGAAAGUCACACCUGUAUCGUCCAGUAUAUCCUGUUUCCACCUCACUCCACCUCUACCAAGGACAGUUUCUCCACAGACGAUGACAACGACACAGAGGUGGAGGCCAUCGAUGUGGACACAGAGCUCAACCUGGUGACAGAGUGUUGGGUAGAGCCUCAGAGUGGGACAGUAUGGAGCCCUAGAGACCAACAUAGACACUUCCAGGAGCUCACCUACCAGGAGAUACCGCAGGCGAUCUUCCCCCGGGAUCUGACCUGUAUGUCCACCAUUAUGACGUUUGAGUACCUUAGCCAGCUGUGCCAGAACAAGGAGCAGGUGUACCCUCCCAUUGGGACCGCUGCAGGAGAACCCCCUGCCUCUGAGGACUGCAUCCACACUGUUCCCUUCCAGUUUGACCUCAUCGAGCUGCUGCCCAAGUGCCAACAGAUAGAAAUCUUCUUCCUCACUCUCAGCAGAGUGGAGAACGAGGAGGUGUCCCAGAGCACCCCCUAUAUUCCCAACGAGCUUCUGCUGAGCCUGUUCCACAGCAGCUUGCAACAGGAGCUCAGUGACCGGGAGAUCCCAUUGGCUGACCAGGACAACGUCACUUUCAUGCAUCACAUCCUAGACAGGGAACGAGACGGACAUGUUGCACCCUUCUCUCUACCGGUCAUCAGAGAAGAGUGCCUGAAACCUCCAGAGAGACAGGACACAGUGAUGUCCUUCCACACUACAGGGAGCAGUAAGGAGGUGACAGGAUCAACCAGUACCCUUCAGAGUUUCAGCAAUGCAGACCUGGUGGACGAGGAGCCAGUCCCAGUGGAGAGGGAUGGGUCUACCCCUCAGUGGAAGUGUUACGCCAAGUACAUCAGCCCUCAACAGAUUUUCCUGACCUUCCUCCCUGCCACCUUCACAGAUGUCCAGAUGUUGAUGUCGUCUGGGCUGGAGACCGAGCCCCAGGACAAUGGAGAUGAUGACGACACCCUGACUACCGGCAACAAAUCACAGGCUGAUUCUCACUCGGGCUCCACCAAUGGGCUGCAUGGUGGGUUGAGUAGCGGGUUGAGGUCCCCCAUGCUCUCUCCUGGGUCUGGGAGCUCCACGGUGGAGCAGGACAACUGGGAGAGCCGUCUCUCUGAGCCAGAAAAUGGCACCAAAGGUGCAGGUGUGGAGGAGAGGGACGGGGUGCAGUUCGCUGAGCCCCAGAAGAGAGACUUCCACAUCACGUUCAGUCGCCAGGCGUCCCAGCAGAGCUCAGGGGACCUGUCCCGUCCGCGCUGCCCUGUGUAUGUCUAUAACUGUUCCCUGGACUCUCUGAAGGAUCAGCUACUCAAUCCCCACUCUAACAGGCAGCCAAGGGACAUCUUCUUCAGACCUCAAGACGCUGACUCCUGGGAGAUGCAUCAGCAGAUGAAGUUCAGGUCUCUAUCUCAGGAACGCAGCAGCACCUCCUCCUGGACAGACCUGAUGUCGCAGCCUCAUAAACACAAGGAGCUGGCCAACUACUGCAGCCUGCUACAGGAGCACUACCACCAGUGUUACGUCACAGGUGUGUACCGCAGCCUGCAGCAGUCCCACAGCAUCAGUUCCCAGGACUUGCUGACAGCCAUGGACUACUGUGAGGAGUCUCUCCAGGAGAUAGACAUCACUUCCUUCCUCCAGACGCUCUGCGGACACAUCCGGGUGUUCCGAGAGCGCCAUGGAGACGGAGGGGUCAGGGGUCACAGCAUCACCCCCGCCACCUUCACCAUCGGAGAGGCAGAGGAAGACGGGCCGGUCAAGAGAGGACCCAUGGCCUCCUCAUCCAGUUUUGAGAUGGAGGACGUGAGUGAGGCAGAGAACAGGGGGAAGGCCUCGGCCCCUAACUCCCCCCUCGGCCUGGACGAACCCCCCGGGACCAUCAGGAUACCAGAGUUCCCUCUGUCCCUCCUCCGCCUUCAGCAGAAGUGUGAGGUCUACCCUGAUCUGCACAAAAUCAUACAGGACAAAUUCAUGGACAUUGGUGCUCAGUUCUUCAAGACCGUGCCUUCCAAUCCCCACUACUUCUACUACUGCCCACCAUCAUCUAAGAAAGAGACAUGUGACUCUGAUAGGGAAGAGGAGAGACGACUUAGUGAAGAGGUUGUCUCCGAGGCUGAGCCUGCUACAGAGGACGAGAACAUGUCGGGCUGUUGCAUCAUGAUGGAGAGCGACACAGACCUGGAGGUGGAGUACCUGGAGAGGGCUGGGGGCCGGAGAUCCCUAGGGACAGACGGAGAGGGGGAAGCAGGGGGAGAUGGGGAGGAUGAGUCCCUGUCUGACUCCAACACGGUGAACCAGGAUGAGGACUCCUUCAGCAUCCUAGAGGGAGACAGCCUGUUGGAGCCAGAGGGACCUCAGUCUGAGAUGCCUCCGCUGUUCGUCCACCUCACCUGCUCUGUUAACAUGAAGAGCUGCCACGGAUCCAUGCCCAUAACCACGUUACCCACCUGCCUGGGUGAGGUGAUCACAUGUCUGGAGAAUGCAGAGGCCCUGCAGGGUCUUGAUCUGAAUGAUCUGUCUGUCACACUGGACAUCUUUGUCCUCACCUUACCCCUAGAGAUCGAGGGCAUGCAGUCUGACUUGAGGCACAACAGGUACACGUCAGAGAGCAGUGUGUCUCUGAACCGUUCUCCAGGUCAGCCCUCCUCCUACCGCUCUGAUGAGGAGCUGAUGGGCAACUUGGACAGCCUGAGAGGAGUAGGGGUUGACGGGGUUGGAGGAGACCCCUUGGCCAAACUCCCAAUUCCCCACAAACUAGCAGUGUUAGCCACCAUGGAUGAGAUCCGUUGGCUCUUGGAGGACGAGAUUGUGUCAGCGCUGCGUCUCUCCCGGGUUAUCCGCUCGUCCACGCUACAGAAGGUGGCGGAUCACGUGUUUCGCUCAGGUGGGCGACCACGGUGCCACUGUGAGGUCGUUCCUCUGCAGUUUGUCUUCGGCCCCGAGCAGUCCCUGGAGAAGUUCAAAGAGGAGUUCCGUAGGAUGUCAUCCUCAGGUUAUCUUCUGAAUGGAGAGCAAGACAACUUCUACUACAUGUCUCUGAGUAGACUCCACCCCCAGAGGAUCCAGGCUGCUAAGAGGCUGUCUGAGAGCACUGUCAACCCUGAGGAGGUGGGAUGGAACUCCAUGAUUGGACAGAACUCACAGCCAACCAAUCACUCUCCUGAUGUGGACGACAGCGCCAGGGCUCCGUCCAAUCAUGGCACACCAGGAAGAAGACCUGACCACGAAGCAGAGGUGGCGAGGGUGGAGCCAGACAGUGAGGUUCAGGGAGAAGAGAAGAAGUCUACUGUCGGGGCUGUUAGUGAAUCUGUGAGUUACCCAGCCCAGGAGCCCAGCGACACCCCAAUCAAACCAUCCCGAGCUGACUCAGAGGAGGGCCCUAGACCCCGCUUGAGUUCAGUUGGUGCUACCUCCACUGCCGCGGGUGACAGCCCCCGGUUGAGUUCUGUUGGUGCCUCCACCAGUCGACCCCGACUGAGCUCUGUGGGCAGAGGAGGAGAGGAGAUAAGACCUAGGCUGAGCUCCGUGGGCUCCACCUCCACCUCUACCGCUACAGGGGACAGCGGCCAGGCCAGCACCCCUCUGCUCCAGCCCAGCACUAGCACCGACCGUUCCUCAGAAUACACCUCGCCCCCCAAGACCCCCUCCACAGUCAGCCUGGCCGAGUCGGUACAGUCCACCACCCACAGCAGCGGGAAGCUGAGGCCCAGUCGAGUCCAGAGUGUGGUCUCCAGUCAAGGCAGCCUGGACUCUGACAUGCUGGGUUAUGACGGUGGCAGCAGUGACUCUGAGUGUGAGAGCCCCACUGUGGAUGAGCAGGAGUCCCAGGCCCCUCUGAUGCCUGACUUCUGGCUCAUCGUUAAGAUCCACCAGGACAGAGUGGAGGUGUACUCUCAGUCUAGGAGCUUCAAUGAAGCUAAGGAGGGCAGAGUAGAGGAGAAGGAGGAGGAAGAAGAGGAGGUUCCAGAGUACUUACGGCUGCAUCAGAUGGUGGUGAGGAAGAUUGGGGAGAUCUGCCGUAUCGUCAAUCAGCGUCUGCUACUCCAGGACCUCCACGACAGCCAUGUGUGUAACUCGCUCCUGGUGGCAGAGAGCGAAGAGGACAUCUGGAAGAAUGAGUCCCUGUACAGACAGAGACUGGCCAACUCCGAUGAUUACAAUGCAGAGGAGAGCUACCAGCCACGGGACUACCUCGCGGCCACGAUGCAGUUCAUCCCAGGUCACUUUGCCUGUGAGGUGGUGUGGAGCACUGUCAUCCACAUCCACCCUCGCCUCAAGAUGGGGCCUAACAUGGGGGUGUCCAGGGCUAUCCAGGCUCUGCGGUCAGUGCUCAACGCCAUGUGUGUGGUCAACAGGAAGAGCAUGUUUGUCUAUCAGGAGCGCUCCACUAAAUCAGUCUUCUACCUCAGACUUUCGGAGACGUCCCAAACAGGGAAAUACUCUGACCUGGAUGGCAACCUGCACCCCAUGUCUCGCUGCGUCGGCCUCGCCCGGAGCCAGGAGCCGCUCUACUCUGAGGACCUCACGGGCUCCCGGUCAUCUCUGGAAGGUGCUCGGUCGUCUCUGGAAGGUGCACGGCCAGUGGGACAGGUGGAUAAACACAUCUUGUUGCUGGUGCAUGGAGUGGGAAGUGCUGGUCCAGAGAUCACAGAUGAGCUGGUGAAGGUUUUGAGGAAGCGUCUGGAUGAGACCACCCUGGACAUCAUCACCAUCAUGCUGGGCAGGAACUGCAAACUCACCCCCGCUGACGUGGAGUUUAUCCAGCCGUCAGGCUCCCCAGCCACUGAGGUGAUGGAGUUUACUCUGCCGCAGUGCUUCAUGCCCUGGACCCCUGCUGUGGCCCACUACCUCAGGCAGAACCUGCUCAUCUUCCUCCACAUCCCCAAGUACACAGACAGCUACGUAGAACACCACUUCAAGCACUACUUCCAUCAGAGCAGUGAACUACCUGACUCUGAUGUCUACCUCUACAAUAAGCCUGGGGGCCAGGGGACUGGAGGGAAAGGUACCAUGUCGGACCUCGUUCAACACCUCUUCCCACCCUCUCAGUUCCAAGGUAUCGCCUGUAUCGCCCUGUCGUUCGUUGAUGCUCAAGGCUGCCCCUUGCAGGUUCCAGCCCAGUACUGCACCACACCACCCAGAGGGGAUGCAUCCACCAUCCUCCUACAGCCAGACCAGUUUGACACCCUGACCACUGUCAUCAAGGUGGACUCCAAAAACCUCAGCUCAGGGUCAGAGAUGAGGGUGCGUUUUGACAUCUGGGAGCAAGGUAACGUCUCCCCCCUCCAGCUGACUGACAAGCUGCGAGGGGCCCUGCGCCACGCCCUCUGUGACGUCAUCAUGGAACUCCGGGUCCUGCCCAAUCCCCUGUGUCUGGAGACAUUCUGCACUACACCGGGGAGAGGGCAGAGAGGGGACUCCACUAACGGUCUUUUAAGUUCUCCUCCAUUGGAAGCAAAGGAGGGGAAUGAACUGGAGGUUAGGGAAGUGAAGGAAUUUAAGGACAGCUUCCAACCUCGUAGUGGCUCUAGGAGGGUUAAGAACAGCCCCUCCCCUAUCACCCUGAUUCCUGCCCCCCUUGGGACCACCCCCAACACCGGACCAAGCACCCCUGAGUCCACUACACCCACCGGCAAGACCACUCGCCGAAGCUUCUGGGAAAUACUGAGCAAGCCAGACUCAUCUGAGCUGGGGAGCCCUAAGACAACAGACGACAUCGUGCAGGAGAAGGGAGAGGAGGGUCGGACACGCAGGAGACACAAGACGGAGAAUGUGAAGCAGCAGUGGUGCCAGGAGAAGGCCAUGGCUGUAGAACUGGAGCAGGCCCAGAGGAGACAUGUGUCCCAGCUAGAGGAGGGUGACAUUGGGACCCUGCACCCUCUAUACCAGGUCACCUGUCAGCCCUGGAUCACCUUUAUGGCUAAACUUGGAUGCCCGUCGAUUCAGCAGUGCACAGCUGAGAUUGCCUCCCAGUUUCUGCUCCCGCCCAUCCUGACAGAGAUUGUCAACCUGGUCAGCUCCCUGGCCAGUGACACCGCAGUCAAGGUGUUUGAGAGGACAAGUUGUCCCCAAGGAGACAUGUUUGUUCCCCUGCCUUUGAUCCACCACCUCAGCCAACCGCCUACCACCUCUAGAACCUUCAUCCUCAUUGGACGGAACUUCCACCAAUGGCAUUGCAGCACAGAGCAAGAAGACAGUUCAGAUGAUGAAAACAUCCCUGAGAUUAGUAGGUUCACACCUCAUAAGGGCUUCCAGCGCUUCGAGGCCUUGGAGCAGUCUGAUUGUUUCAGCCCAGGGCAGGCCUCGAGGGGCGUGGCCCCAAGACAGAGGUUCCUCCUCAUACACAUCCUGGAUAAGAAGGUGACCCUGUACACCUAUAACUGGUCGGUGGACCUUGGUGUGUCUCUGAACCGGGGACUGGUCAGGCUGGUCCAGUGGCAGAACGCCAGGUCCCACGUUAUCCACUGUCUCCUCAACCAGAAGAUGGGCCUCUUCCACCACUACUGCUUCUCAGACACACCGGCCCACGAAGACCUCAAACAGGAGCCCAACCCGUUCCUGAACCCAACCUUGGAGGCAGAUGCCCUGCUGAGGAGCCCAGUGCCCCCCGUACCCAGCAAGGACCAGGGCAGGCUGGCUAGCUCCGUCCGCUCCCUGGCCCCCCUCCACUUCCCCUCAGAGCUGGUGCCCUUUGACGAAGCCCUCCGGGACAUCGGGAUGGGCCGCCCCCUGGCCAGCGCUCAGGACGGGGCCGACGUGGUGGCUCGGCACGGGGCCCAGCUACUAGAAGUCAAGGCUGCAGAGAGGAGAGAGAUGGAGAAGCAGAUGAAGAUUGAGAACCUGUUUGUGACUUGGCAGCAGAGGUCAGCUCAGUCCAACAUGCCCAUCUCUGUGGUGGACUUGGACACUCUGAAGCAGUCGUCCAGGCUAGUGCACUACUGCGCCACCCCUCUGCUCUUUGACCCCGUGUUCAGGAAGCAGAUCCAAGAAGAGCAGAUUGUCCAACAGGUCAAGAAGCGCCACUGCUCCAGUGACUCCACGGCGUCUGGCAGGGACCGUAGCUACAGUACGGACUCAGCUGAUAUGCUGCCUAGCCGGCUGAGAGAGGAGCCCUGGCUGCAGGACAUCUCUAACACCUUCCUACAGCAAUAUGUCCAGUACCUUCAGAGCAUGGGCUUCAUCCUGGUCCAGGUCCGGCCACAGUCCCCCGCACGCAGCAUCGCCAGGGCCCGGGCAGCCAUGCUCAGCUCACUCUCGUCAGAGAGGCAGUCCUUCUCCUAUAACAAGGCCAGGAGUGAGGACAGCCCAAAGAGCACAGGGUCAGGCACCACCGCGUACCACCUCCAGAGGGCGCUCCCAGGGGGCAUCGUACUGAUGGAGCUGGCCUUCCAGGGUUGUUACUUCUGUGUGAAGCAGUAUGCUCUGGAGUGUUCCCGCAUCCCCAUGGGACAGACCGUCAACUCUCAGUCCCAUCUCAUAUCCUCUCUCCAUCAGGGCUCCCUCCUCACCAAACCUCUCCGUCUCAAGCCGUUCCCUGACGCCACACCGGUCUCUGACUCUGCGCUCUCCAUGCUGUUCACAGAGGAGUGUGAUAAGGUGCGUGACCUGAUGCACGUGCACUCGUUCAGCUAUGACUUCCACCUGCGGGUGGUGCACCAGUACCUGGUGGGCUGUCACAUGACCCUGCGGCAGGGAUACCAGCUGACCGGCUUCCUGGAGGACUUCAUAGCUCAUCACCCUGACAUCCCCAAGUUCGGACGCAAUCACGUCUUCCAGGGGAGUUUCUCUAUCUCUACGGGGAUGAUCACAGCCCACCAGCUGUAUAACUACAUCACUGACCACGCUGGCACCUACGGCAUGAAGCCCCUUCGCAUGUCCAAGGUUGCAAUGACCAGCGAAGGCAAGAAGGGAGCGCCACCCAGCUCCGACCUGCAUGAGUACGCUCUGGUGGCGCUUUGGAACAGCUCGGGCUCUUACAAGGACCUGGAAGGCCUGCGUCACCAUGACGAUUUCGACGUGUCCCUGCUGGUGUGUCACAAUGCCGCUCCAUUUGAGGAGCAGUCGGAGGGAGAGAGACAUCUGCUGAGGCUGCGUUACUACGUGAUCAUGACCAGUCAGCGAGAGCUGUUCCCCCGGCUUACUGCUGACAUGCGGCGCUUCAAAAAGCUUCCCCAGAUACACCGAGAGGCCCGCGACCUGGGAGGAAAGGUUCCCCCUGAGAGAGGGACAGAACCGGGCGGGGCACGGGACCCUGAACCAGACCUCUGGGAGGAGACCCCACCUGCAACCCCAGACACCGCCAUCUCUACCCCCAGCGAUGGGAACGAGUUUUACCCCCUGACUGGCCGCCGGAGGUCUGGGUCUGGGGCCCAGGGACUCCUCUACCCCUCUCCUCUGUUCCCUCUACUCAAUCAGGAGGUGGGCUGUGCACGGAGGCAGAUCCAGGCGAGCGUGGAGCAGGCCAUGGGCCACUGUCGCAGGGAUAAUCUGUGGAGGAGACUGUUCCACGGUGAACACCAUCACCUGGCCAUGGACAAGCUCAAGCUGAGCAAACUGUCCUUCAGCGAAUUGGAGGAGCUCCUCAAUGCCGUGCAGAGUCAAUCUGUAGAGGAGAUCGACCCACAGCUGGACUGUUUCCUAACCAUGAGUCCCAGCUGGUACCAGAGUCUGAUCAAAGUGCUGCUGACUCGCUUCCCUCAGAGCUGCCGACACUUUGAUGGCAGUGGCAUUCAGUAUCUGGCUGUCCUAAACCAGAAAUUCACUGAUUGCUUUGUUCUGGUCUUCCUUGACACUAAGGCAGGAAAAACGAGCCUCAAGGUUGUGUUUAGGGAGCCGUUGCCAUCCCAACCGCAGCCUAGCAGCAGCCCCCCACCACAGCUGGUGUCCAUGUACCAUCAUCUGGAGUCUGUGAUCAACACAGCCUGCUACAACCUUUGGACCGGUUUGCUGUAGGACUGGAGGGCCAAUCAGGACCAGGCGUGCCUCAGAGAAACGGAGCUGCUGGGAGGUGUAGUUCCUGACAGGCGGCUUCCUUUAUUGGCCGCCUUGGCUUGUGGGACACCAAAAAAUAAUUAUUGUUGAAAAAUGCUGAACCAGCGAGAGAGUUCGUAGGUCAAAGCUUCCUGUACAAUUAAUCAGUAGUUUACUAAUUCUACCACUGGGGGAAAGGAUAUUCGGAGGAACUAUACACACUAUUGCACACAAAGGUUCUUCUUUAUCAGACAGUGUAUGUGCCCUGUAGUGACUGAAAAUACAUUUUUACUUAAAGGAUUAUUCUCAACACAAAAUGUAAGUUGAGUUGAACCAGAGACAGGCUUUGGCUGAACUCUUUUCUGCCAGUUGUGGGUGUUGACAUGCCCCCUGCAGUGGACAUUGGGCCUCACAGACAGAGGUCAAUUUACAAACGCUUUGCUUUGAGGCUCAGAUGAACACUACCUCACAAUGACAGAAUCCGACUGAAGGUUUAGCUUUUUGCACUGAACAGUGCACCAGAUCAAAGCAGGGAAGUUAUGCAAUUUGCCCCCAUUUCAAUGCCAACUUUCUGGGCCCAUUCCUCAUCAACUUGGAGGUUAGUGGUGGUAGGGUAGAGUUAAAGGGGGAUGAGACUUUCAGGCUAGUUUGAUCUAAAGCCAAACUUCUGUAUGUAAUCUCAGUCAUGUUCCCAUUCAGCUUCUACUUCUAAUGAGAGAUCAUCUACAAUACAUGUGCAGCUAACCUGAAGUGGAUCUCACUCCCCAGCCAACUGAAUUUGACUAUAAACAAGUCACUAUUGUGCAACCAGAUGUUGGGAAAUUAGAUACUAUUCUCAAACUCGUAACCCAUUUAUCAUUGUAGGUGUUCAAAUCAUAUAAACAUGAAUAUAUGAAGUUAUUUUGCUCGGAUACUGUGCCUUGCGAAGGUACAGGACGAGAUGCUCAAGAUCACCACUGCACACAAUCCAGUGAAUCCACAGUCUUGAGUCUUCUGCGGAGGUGAAAGAUUGCUGCCAUUUCAGUCUGAAAUAUAUAUAUAUAUAUAUAUAUAUUUUUUUUUUCCUCUUCCCAUUGUAUCCUACGUGUCAAACCUGCUACCCAAUUUGCCCGACUGCCAUAUCUUCAUCCUAGAAGUGCCUUAGUUUAUGUUUUAUUUCUUAACAAUGCUACCAGAGCAGUUUUGUUGUUAUUGCAUCAAUCUUGCAAGUGGAAUUUCUGGAAAAUGCAAUUGGACUGCUAACUAGCUACAUUCGGACAGGCUUGAGGAUAUAGCUGGUCUCUGUUUACAAAGAUAUGGAGUGUUGGGUGGACAUACUGUAGGAGCCAGCUUGUGUACAACAUUGUAAUAUCACACACACACCCACACACACACCAGUUCAGAGAUGUCAUUGCAAUACAUUAUGACUUCAAGAUGGCCUUAACGUUUGUACACAUUUCAAUUGAAGGAAACCAAAUGUUUCAAGAUUGUUUAAAGUUCCUUAUUAAAAAGGAAUGAAGGAAAUUGUAAUGUUAAUAAUAUUAAUUUCUGUGUAAGGUGAAUUUUUUAUUUUUUUUUUGAAGGUAAGAACACUGGAUUUUGAAUAAUUCAAGAUGAUGUUAACAGUUAGGCCAGCUAUAGCCACAGUAUAGGCAUUCUGAAACUGUAAUAUAAUCUGAAAUGUGUAUGUACAUUAUGUAUAUACAGAUGGAUUUGUAUGAUAUGCUACAAUAAACCUUAUGGUAUAUUCAA